AUGAAAAAGGAACUCAACUUUUACGGCGCUAUAAAGUACUGGAACGAGGAUGACCAACCUCGUGAACGAUUGGCUACAAGAGGGGCCAGUGCACUAUCUAAUGCGGAGCUGCUUGCUAUUCUCAUAAACAGUGGCACGCCACAGCUUUCAGCGCUUGAUCUUGCCAAGAUGAUAUUGACACAAGCGCAAAAUAACUUGCGGGAGCUGGGCGGGCUUUCCAUUUCUGAUCUUAAAAAGACGCGGGGCAUCGGGCAGGCACGGGCUAUUACCAUCGCCGCGGCCCUGGAGCUAGGCCGGAGAAGGCAGAUCACCGAUGGGCUGGAUCGCCCGGUUAUCACGUCCAGCAAGGAGGCGGCUAAGAUCAUUAUUCCCUUAUUGUCUGAUCUGCCCAAUGAAGCUUUAUGCGUAUUGUAUCUUAAUAAUGCCUCGCUGCUGAUACGACACGAGAUCAUCAGCCAUGGCGGCCUUACCGGCACCGUGGUGGAUAUCCGGGUGAUCCUGAAACAAGCUUUGCUGCUGAAUGCAAACAGGAUCGUUAUUGCCCACAACCAUCCGUCCGGCAACCUGCAACCGAGCCAGUCUGACAGACAGAUAACAACGAGGUUAAAAGAGGCAGCUGCACUUAUGGAAAUAGAGCUGGUGGAUCAUAUUAUCGUAGCGGGGGGCGACAGGAAAUACGGUGAAACUGCAUAUGCGUCUCAAAUAUUGUUAACUUCGCGCCUCCGGAACGGGCAUUCGGGCUAUAAAGCCGUCACAUUCAUGAUUAAAAUUGGUCUCUUUGGCGCCGGGCAUCUCGGCAAAAUACAUAUGCAGCAAUGGCUGCAAGUUGAUGGCGCACAGCUUGUUGGCUUUUAUGAUCCUAAUGAUGCCAAUGCCGCUGAAGCGAUUGCCCAGUACGGCGUUCAGCGUUACCUGACUAUUGAAGAGCUCCUUGCAUCGGUAGACGCAGUAGAUAUUGUUACGACCACCAUCGCCCAUUAUGCGCUUGCCAAGCAGUGCUUAUUACAGGGCCUGCACGUAUUUAUUGAAAAGCCCCUCGCUCAUACCCUUGAAGAAGGACAAGAGCUGGUAAAGCUGGUUAAUGAAGCAGCCGUAAAAUGCCAGGUGGGUCAUGUAGAACGUUACAAUCCGGCGUUGCUGGCUUUGACGGAUACGCCGCUUCGCCCGAUGUUUAUUGAGGCACACCGGCUGGCACAGUUCAAUCCCAGGGGUACAGAUGUUUCCGUGAUACUGGAUCUGAUGAUCCAUGAUAUUGAUAUUGUAUUACACCUGGUUAAAUCGCCGGCAGUUAGUCCCGGAGAUACGCCUAUUAUCCGCGUAACCCAUCCCGACCAGCCAAACAGAUGUUUAUCUGGAAAUCAAUUAUAA